AUGGAUGGCGAUGCCUCCGAACAACGCCAUAGUAUAGUGGAAAGGCCGUCCACGGAUCAGCCACUCACAGAUAUCCCCAAUGAUGAUUCCGCACCGAUUGAUCGAGCUUCCGCCACAUCCCCUCAGAGCUUCACACCGCGCUCACUCCUCGUCGGUCUCAUUAUCGGUGCCCUUAUUACGUUUUCGAAUACCUACUUUGGAUUGCAGACAGGAUGGAUCAGUACAAUGGCCAUGCCAUCAGCCUUGAUUGGCUUUUCGGUUUUCAAGGUUCUAUCCAAGCACCUUUCCUUCCCCUUCACACCGAUUGAGAACGUCUUGAUUCAAACGGUUGCUGGUGCGGUGGGAAGUAUGCCCCUUGGCUGCGGGUUUGUUGGCGUCAUACCUGCUUUGGAGUUCUUGAUGAACCCAGGGGAGGAUGGACCAGAGGGCGAUGGUGGAGAAGGCGAAGGGGGUCCCUUGAACCUCGGCUUUUGGAAAUUGGUCAUCUGGAGUCUUGGAGUAUGUCUCUUCGGUGUGGUAUUUGCCGUUCCACUACGGAAAGAGGUCAUUGUUCGAGAGAAGUUGCGUUUCCCCAGUGGGACUGCCUCGGCAUUGAUGCUCAAAGUUUUGCAUGGUGCUGGAAGCAGCGAAAAGGUUUUAGCACCGGAGAGCCCCCGCGUGGGUCUCAUGUCCACAGAGGACGAACCUUCCAGUCAUUCCGAAGAACGUACCGGUCUUUUGAAGCAUAUUGACGCUGAAGAUCAAGCUUCCAAGGAGCAAGAUUGGCGGUCGAAGAUGCGCCUCUUGGUCGGAGCAUUUACAGUAUCAGGCAUUUAUACUGUCUUUUCAUACUUCGUCCCUGUGGUCCGUGAGAUUCCCGUGUUUGGCAAGGGCAUGGCACACAACUGGCUGUGGACGCUCAAUCCAUCGCCGGCAUAUAUCGGUCAAGGCAUUAUUAUGGGCCCAUCGACAUGCAUGCAUAUGCUUUUCGGAGCAGUUCUAGGGUGGGGCGUCUUAUCACCGUUGGCUAAGAGUCGCGGCUGGGCCCCUGGCGAGGUGGGGAGUUGGAAGAACGGCAGCAAGGCAUGGAUAGUUUGGAUAUCGCUUGCCAUAAUGCUUGCCGAUUCGCUUGUGAGCCUAGGGUGGCUGGUUCUCAAGCCAAUCUUGACUCACUCCCCCAAAUGGGUAGCCUGGUUCAAAUCCACUCGCGCUGGGCAGUGGAUUGCACGGCCGCAAUCUUCCCCUCAUUCAGAUAUCAGUUACUCCGCUUUGGGGUCGGAGUCCCAUAUUUCGUUGCAUGAGGAUGAUGGCGCCGACCACACACAUGUGGUUACAAAUGCAGAAGAUGAAGAUGCACCCCCGUCUGAAUUGAUCUCCACUCGCACGGUCGUGAUCCUGCUUCCGCUGACCCUUCUACUCAAUGUUGUAUGCAUGCACAUUGUCUUCGGCGAUAUCAUAUCUCCCUUCCUCUCGACGUUAGCGACACUGCUGGCAGUGUUGCUGUCCAUCAUGGGUGUGCGAGCCCUUGGCGAGACCGACCUCAAUCCAGUGUCCGGUAUCAGCAAGCUAACACAACUUCUCUUCUCACUCGCCACGCCAGCGUCCCAUUUCUCCAGACGUACUGCACUAGUGACAAACCUGCUCGCGGGUGCUGUAUCCGAGUCAGGAGCUCUGCAAGCUGGCGACAUGAUGCAAGAUUUGAAGACUGGUCAUCUACUCGGUGCAAGCCCGAAGGCCCAGUUCUAUGGCCAGAUGAUCGGCAGUCUUGUGGGCGCAGUCCUAUCUACUGCCGUGUACAAACUGUACGUGAAUGUGUACGAAGUCCCAGGCGAUAUGUUCCAAACACCUACUGCGUAUGUUUGGAUCUUCACCGCUCGCCUCGUGACCGGACAAGGGUUGCCCGAUAUGGCCUGGCAAGCCUCCUUCAUUUUUGGUACCAUAUGGGCCUUCAUCACCGCAUUGAGGAUAGCAGCCGCAUCCCCUGCCUUUGCGCGCAACGGGAACCCGCCCGCUUGGAGGUCUUGGGUUCCUGGCGGUAUUGCCGUUGCCGUUGGCAUCUUCAACGAGCCUUCAUUCACCCUGGCGAGAGCUAUCGGCGGUAUCAUUGCGUGGUGGUGGGCACGGAAGCAUUCCGAACCGACAUCCAACGAACAAGUCGCCAAUGACAAUGCCACUUAUGACAAUUCUUCCGCGGCGCCCGAGUUGGUGUCCGCAAACAGAUCAUCUGCAGCCGACCAAGCCUCCGAAAAGGCAGACGCCGCCUCCUCGACCGUCGUUGUUCUUGCCUCCGGCCUGAUCUUGGGCGAGGGUAUCAUGAGCAUUGUAAAUCUUCUCCUUGCUAGCGGAAGCGUGCCGCAUCUAUCAGGAUAG